CUAGAUAGGCCUAAACGCCUCAACAUUAUCAAUGGAAUUGCUAGGGGACUUCUUUAUCUUCAUCAAGAUUCCAAACUGAGAAUUAUAUAUGGAGAUUUAAAAGCUAGUAAUAUUUUACUAGAUAAUGAAAUGAACCAAAAAAUAUCAAACUUCAGCAUGGCGAGACAUUUUGGAGGAAAUGAAAGCGAAGCUAACACAAGCAGAGUGAUUGGAACAUAUGGUUAUAUGUCUCAAGAGUAUACAAUUGAUGGGAUAUUCUCAGUAAAAUCCGAUGUAUAUAGCUUUGGCGUCUUGGUCCUAGAAAUAGUUAGUGGGAAGAGAAACAGAGGAUUCUCUCACCCAGAACACCACCUCAACCUUCUUGGACAUGUAAGCUUUGAGCAACCAAUUUCAAUUUGUGUUGAGAAUUUAAAACUACUUCUGAAAACGGUUUCGAUUUCUCAAGUCUGGAAACUCUGUAUAGAAGGCAGGUCUCGGGAACUAGUUGAUCCAUCAGUGGAAGAAUUAGAAAAUCUAUCCGAACUUGUACGAGCAAUUCAUGUGGGUUUGUUAUGUGUGCAACAAUAUCCAGAGGAUAGACCAAACAUGUCGACUGUGGUUUUAAUGUUAGGCAGUGAGGGUGGAUUGCCUCAGCCUAAACAUGUCCUGCCUGAGAAAGGUUCUUCAACAAGCACACGUGAACCAGGUUCAGACAACAUUGUUAGUGCCACAGUUACACUGUUGGAGGGAAGAUAGAGGAAGACAACUACCUGAGAAUAUAUUUUUCACACAAAAAUGACUUAAUUUAAUGGAAAUAUCUUGU